GAAGUAUGACGUUCGCGAGUGUUUGUAAGAAAGAGAAAACAAAUUAUAAAAGUGAAUGAAAAAUUGAUAAACCUAAUGAAAUGAUUUUAUGUUACAUGUAGAACAGCAGCAAAAUAUUACUCAAAAGUUUAUUAUAGGCAAAUCCAACCCAAGGUACUUUCAAUUCCACCACCGCCUUGGAACCACCUUUGGACAGCAUCUCUAGUGCCUGCGUUACGACAGACUUUAAAUUUUACUACUUUUCUUUAAUUUCUCCUUUAUACCGGUCUGUUAAUGAAAUUCUGAUAAAAGAAAAGGUCACAUAAGCAAUGCAUCCAAUACGCGAAAGAAAAUGCGACGUUUUACUGGACAAUCCGCUUCUUAAAACUCCACCACCAGAACCUGAGAAGCCGCGUAUACCACGCGUACGAAAGCCACGGGAGUUUAAACUGCCUCCAAGAUUUCCCCUAUUACCGAAAGAAUUUUAUGCCUGCUGGGUUAAUCAUCAAAAAGAGUUACAAAUGACGAAGGCGAAAGUGGACGAUAGCCCUCCAGAACUGUUCCCAGAAUUGUACCUGAAACCUCGAAGACUAGACUUCUACGCUCGGCAACUGGAACAUACUAUGAAUGUUAACAAGGAAUUACUAAAGAAGAUCAAUCUCAUACAGCGCACUGGAGGUUUCGUGGAUUGCUGGAGACCUGAGCCUACCCAUAAGUAUAAUAAGCUGCUCUGCAAACAACGACAGCGGGAUCUGAACAAAAUACAGCUGGCUAACUCUUAUUUCUACUCCAGGCUGCUCGUUGCUAGAUCGGAGCAACUACUAACUAAAGAAUUGAAUGAGGCGUGGAAGGACACAAAGCACAAAUUAAUAUUAGGAGCCUCGUUGCCGUUCAUUCUAUUCAAAACCGGAACAAUUGAUCGUGAUAUAAAAGAUCCAACGUUCGACAAACCUAUUAACGUUAUUCGACCUAAAGUGUCUAUGGAUAUCUGGGUAAGAGGAGGUUCGAAGAUCGGUAAGGUUUUAAUCGAGCUUUUCUCCGACAUUGUGCCUCAAACUUGUAAAUUUUUCUUGAACCUCGUCAAAGGAGAUUCGUAUGGGCAUGCUUAUACUGGAACCAGAUUCUUCAGGAUUGUCCCUGACCUAUAUUGUCGCGGUGGAGAUGUGGCCAAGGACAAUGGCUUCGGUGCGUACACCCCAAACAUGGAAGGAGAAAACGCUGGCCAACCUGGCCUGAUCUUCGAACACUUCGAUUUGAACCAUUCUGUACCAGGUGUACUAUCGAUGGUGAUUACUGCGGACGGUGAAGCCACUGGUCAGUUCAACAUUAUAUUCAAACCGCUACCACAGUUUGAUAAGAGACACGUGGUCUUCGGUAGGAUUGUAGCAGGACCAGCCCCUACACUUGAACGUAUCAGUGCGCUAGGGCUACCUCUAGGCACAACUACCACUGAUUGCAUAAUACGUUCAUGUGGUUGGUUCACUAAAACCGGUCGGUAUAAAGAGGGCAGCCCUAACACUAUCAAGUUCCCGCCUAGACGUAAGAAGAGAUGAUUGUCAAAUUGCUAAA